CUUUUACAUCUUGAUGAGACCAGAAUAAGAAAUUGAUCAAUAUUGGGCCUUUUGACCUUCAUAUGUAUCUCUUAUUCAAAAACGAAAAGGGAGAGAGAACUUGGAAGAAUCUGUCUUUGAUAAUCAUGAUGCGAUUCACAACCAUAGUACUAGCUUUCCUUUUGAUUAUUCAAUCCCUAGAAGAGGAACAUGUCCUAGUCUAUGCUCAUGAAGGCGGAGAAGCUAGUCACAAGAGUGUUGACUAUCGUGGAGAUCAAGGUUCAUCGACACUGCACCCUCAAGUUUUAUACGACGUUGCACCGAGAGAACUAAGGUCGGGGAGAACAGCGAGAGCCGAGAAGAAGCAAGUGACGGCAAUGAACAAUGAUAACUGGAGUUUCAAGAUGUCAGCUUCAUCAGAGCAUUUGACGGGUGGGCGUAAAUUAGGGUUUCACAAAAGAAGAGAGCAAAAGCAGACCAAUGUAUUGGUAGAUAUUGACAUCACCAAGCAUACAUCUUGUCAAAAGAUGAUGACCAUAGUCAACUAUCUCACCAUCGAUAAUAGCCUUCCAAGACUUGAACCAUCUACUUCAGCCAAGAAUAUGAAGAAACUGGCUCGAUUGUUACGCAAUGAUUAUCCGAUCCAUAGUAAGCCUCGACGCAAGCCUCCAAUCAAUAAUCAAACUCCUGGCUUGAUCUAAAAAAUUGUGGAUCCGUUAAACAAAGAAGUUGAGUUACGGAUAAAGUAUGAUGAUAAACUUUGGUGGAUAGGUAAACGAUUUUGUUGGUCGUCCCAGUUUUGUUUCUAUGUAUAGGGACAAUAUAUAUAUAUAUAUAUAUAUAUCUUUGUGUUGUGAUCGAAGUAAUAGUUAUCUCUUUGCUUUCUUGGGGUUCGUUGUAAUUACCUUUAGCUAUAUUUUGACCUUGCUUUCAAUUUAGUUUUUUGU